CCCGAGGCCGAGGACCGCGCGGAGCCCCGGUCGGGACGGAGCCUCCUCUCCCUCGCAGUGCGCGCACGCCUGGAAAGGCGGGUUUUAUAGGCAGCGAUGCUGCGGGAGACUCUGCAGUGGCGACGGGCCCCCGAACGGUCCCGCCUCAUUCGCCCUAGUGUGUGUGCCUCGCAAGUGCCUGCCUGGUAAACCCUCACCAGCUUCGGCGCGCGGCGGUGGCGUCGGCGGGUCCAAACGCCGGGGUCGCGAGCCGGGCCAGAGGGCCGGGCGCGCCCCGCGGGCCCCAGGCACACGCCCCUCACCUGGGCGAGGCAGGGCGCGCAGGCGCUCAGCGCUGGGGCCGCAGCCGGGAGCCUCAGCCCGGCGCCCGCCAGAGUUGGACAGUUUCGGGGCCGCGCCGGGCCGAACUGUCCCCGGCGCCGCCGCCGCCGCCGCCGCCGCCGCCCCGGGCUGCAAUAGAUAAGGGGAGAGCGUCUGCGCGGAGCCCCAGCGCAGCCCAGGCGGGACCGCCGCAGCCGCCGGAGCGCGAGCAACAGCUUCCCGGCUGGAGGAGCCACUGCCCCACGCGCCAGCGGCCGGCGCGCCGAGAAGAAGAAUUUGAUGCCCAGAUAGACAAGUGAUUUCUUAACUAUCAAAUGACUGACAGAGCUGACACUUUCUUCCACAUGAUGCUGGGGCGUUGGUUACGCUGAGAAGCAGAUGUUCUGCAUUUCAACCUCAUCAAAAAUUAAAUUGAUAUUUAUGGGCUAAUCUGGAAACCUAAAUACAGUUUGUUUCACUACAACUAUAAGAAAAUAUGUUCAAAUUCCCAUUGGCUGACUUAUAAAGGGGCUUCUGGAACACAACUUUAUGUAUGAAGUACUCAUUAAGCCCUAACAAUUACCCUGAAGAUGGUAUUAUGAAUAUGGCAACUUUUCUACGGGGCUUUGAAGAAAAGGGGAUAAAGAAUGACAGGCCUGAGGACCAGUUGAGUAAAGAGAAAAAGAAAAUUCUUUUCUCCUUCUGUGAGGUGUGCAACAUCCAGCUAAACUCUGCAGCCCAGGCCCAAGUCCAUUACAAUGGCAAAUCCCAUCGCAAACGAGUCAAGCAGCUGAGUGAUGGGCAGCCCCCGCCGCCAGCUCAGGGCUCAGGGCAGCUCCUGGCCAGCCCCAGCACCAACACCAGCACAGGCAGUACAUGCCACACAACUACACUUCCUGCUUUUGUGCGCACCCCUACCCUGAUGAUGCAGCCUUCACUGGAUAUCAAACCAUUUAUGUCUUUUCCAGUGGACAGUAGUUCUGCUGUUGGGCUCUUUCCAAAUUUUAACACAAAAAGAAGAGGCUUAUUUGGGACCAAUAAAUUCUGCCAGAUGGAUCCUGUGCAAAAAGCAGUCAUUAACCACACUUUUGGAGUAUCCAUUCCCCCAAAGAAGAAACAAGUUAUUUCUUGUAAUGUCUGUCAGCUUCGCUUUAAUUCGGAUAGCCAGGCCGAGGCCCACUACAAAGGAAGUAAACAUGCCAAGAAGGUCAAAGCACUAGAGGCAACGAAAAAUAAACCCAAAAUGGUUUCUUCCAAGGACAGCGCAAAGGCUAAUCCCAGCUGCUCCAUCACUCCAAUCACAGGCAACAGCUCUGACAAAUCAGAAAAUAAAGGGAAGCUAAAAGUCAACAGUUGCAGUCAGCCAUCAGGCUCCGAAGGGGGCUCCUAUCUCCUCAAAUCUGGCACAGCAUCCUUGCCACCUGGGACAGCCGCUUCUCCCUCGAAGAGCACAAACGGAGCUCCUGGUACUGUUUCUGAAUCAGAAGAAGAAAAAGCCAAAAAAUUACUGUAUUGUUCACUAUGCAAAGUGGCUGUGAACUCCCUGUCCCAGCUAGAGGCACACAACACAGGAUCCAAACACAAGACCAUGGUUGAAGCUCGUAAUGGGGCUGGUCCAAUUAAGUCCUAUCCUAGACCUGGAUCAAGGUUAAAGAUGCAGAAUGGCAGUAAGGGCUCAGGACUACAGAACAAGACAUUUCAUUGUGAAAUCUGUGAUGUUCAUGUUAAUUCAGAAAUUCAGCUCAAGCAGCACAUUUCUAGCCGAAGGCAUAAGGAUCGAGUUGCAGGGAAACCACUGAAGCCGAAAUACAGCCCUUACAAUAAACUCCAGCGGAGCCCAAGCAUUUUAGCAGCAAAACUUGCAUUCCAGAAAGACAUGAUGAAGCCUUUGGCCCCGGCCUUCCUGUCGUCGCCCCUGGCGGCGGCGGCCGCGGUGUCGUCGGCGCUGUCGCUGCCGCCCCGGCCGUCGGCGUCGCUCUUCCAGGCGCCCGCCAUCCCGCCCGCGCUGCUGCGGCCCGGCCACGGGCCCCUCCGCGCCACGCCCGCCUCCAUCCUCUUCGCGCCCUACUGACGGCCCGCGCCCCGGGGCCGCUGCAGGGGGAGGGCCCGAGGGGGCGGCGGCGGCGGGAGCGUCUGCGUUGCAGCCCCCCCCCGGCCCCGACUCCAAAGACUGAGAAAUCACUAGGCUCAAGAGUGCGUUGCAGCCCCCCCCCCCGGCCCCCCCCCCCCGGCCCCGACUCCAAAGACUGAGAAAUCACUAGGCUCAAGAGUGCUUUUAGGGACCGCUCCCACCGUUAGGGAUCUGAGCAGCCCAGGCUUUAUGCCCCUGUCCCCUCCCCCCACCCCACUCCAUCUGUGUAUCUGAGAUAAUUGGUUUCUUGCACAUGUAUCGGUCAGAAAACAAAACAAAACAAUGUAUCUAUAUACCAUUCGCUGACUCUUUUUCCAUGGGUGUGAUCUGGCUUAGAAAACGAUAAGGAAUAUUUUCCUGACAGACUUGAAAACUAGGGUCUUCCUCACACGUCUGUAAAUAACUCUGGAAUCCAACUGGGCACAUUGUAGUGUGGAACAAAAAUAGAUGAACACAAGUGCUUACUUGUGGAUACCAUCUUACCAACGGAUCACAAUGUUUUCUUUUCUGGUGUACUCUUGUCGACAGGGAUUGUGUACUGUUUUAGACCCAAGUACUGUUGUAUCCUGUGUAGUACUAGUUCUGUAUCUCUUGUCUGAAUUCAACAUUUUUAGUUGCUGUGUAAAUGUUAGGAAGCAAAGUAGCUUUGAAUUUUCUCUUUAAGAGAACAAAAGAUAAUGUAUUUUGUUUAUUUCACGUUUUAUUUGGUGAUAUUUAAAAGAACUAGAAAGCCAUAUAAUAUAGCUAUAAUUACUACCUGUUUGCUAUUUUUGUUUAACUUAUUUUGUAGCUUCCUCACUUUAGUUUGAGUUGCUAAGCAAAUGUAUACAACCAGAAAAAAAGAGCUUCCUAAGUUGCACAUUUUUGCACCUCUUGUGCAUUCUGCAAGGAGACAAUGAAUCCAUGUAUUUCUACGUAAUUAUCUUUUUCAUUUUUAACCUGUUUCAUUUGUAAUGAUGCUACAUAAUUUUGUGGCUCCCUGAUGCAAUAAUGUACAGAAGAUAAAAAAUUUAUAAUUGAACAAUUUGUCUUUCUGUUCACCGAAUAUAUUGCAGGUCAUGCUCCCAUGCCCCCCUUUCUAAACUGGUAUCAACAAGACUGGAAUGUUUGUGGUAUCAGGGGCAAGAGGUAUCAUAAAACAACAAAAUAGAGUGAACUCUUUUAGAGCAUCUAUAUCUGCAAUCUGUAAAUGGUAAAAUGUCUGUGUAUUUUUUUAAAUGUACCUUUUCAAUAAAAGUACAAAAAGUAAAAGCCUGUUUGUGUUUUCAAAGUUA